AUGUCGAACUUGCCCUCUGAGCCCGAGUUCGAGCAGGCCUACAAAGAACUCGCCUCAACCAUCGAAAACUCCUCUCUCUUCCAGAAGCACCCCGAAUAUCGCAAGGCUCUCAAAGUCGCUUCCAUCCCAGAACGCAUCAUCCAGUUCCGUGUUGUCUGGGAAGAUGACAAGGGCGAGCUCCAAGUCAACCGCGGCUACCGUGUGCAAUUCAACUCUGCCCUAGGUCCAUACAAGGGCGGUCUCAGAUUCCACCCCAGUGUCAAUCUGUCCAUUCUCAAGUUCCUCGGCUUCGAGCAAAUUUUUAAAAAUGCAUUGACCGGAUUAAACAUGGGCGGUGGCAAAGGCGGCGCCGACUUUGACCCCAAAGGAAAAUCCGAUAAUGAAAUUCGCAAAUUUUGCGUCAGUUUCAUGACUGAAUUGUCGCGCCACAUUGGCGCCGAUACUGAUGUCCCUGCUGGUGAUAUUGGUGUCUCUGGACGGGAGAUUGGAUAUCUGUUUGGACAGUACAAGAAGCUUCGUAACCAGUGGGAGGGUGUUCUCACGGGCAAGGGAUUGUCGUGGGGAGGAAGUUUGAUUCGUCCCGAGGCUACGGGAUACGGUCUUGUUUAUUACGUUGAACACAUGAUCAACUACGCCAGCAAAGGCAAGGAGUCCUUUGCAGGCAAGCGUGUCGUGGUCUCUGGUUCCGGUAAUGUCGCCCAAUACGCAGCCUUGAAAGUCAUCGAACUAGGCGGAAAGGUCGUCUCUCUAUCCGACAGCAAAGGAUCACUCGUCGUCGCCAACGAGACAGACGGCUUCACACCCGAGGAAAUCUACGCCAUUGCCGACCUCAAGGUCGCCCGCCGACAACUCAGCUCCAUCUUUUCCGAAGAUGCCGCAGAAGCGAAGCUAUUUAGCGCCGAGAAAUUCAAAUAUAUUGAAAACGUCCGCCCAUGGCUCCACGUCGGCAAAGUCGACGUCGCCUUGCCAUGUGCCACACAGAACGAAAUCUCCGGCGAAGAAGCAAAGGGUCUCAUUGACGCGGGUGUCAAAUUUGUUGCCGAGGGAUCAAACAUGGGCUCUACCCAGGAAGCCAUUGAUAUUUUUGAGGCAGACCGAACCUCCAAGACUGAUGGAUCGAGUGUCUGGUACGCGCCUGGUAAGGCCGCUAACCUCGGUGGUGUAGCCGUUUCCGGCCUUGAAAUGGCUCAAAACUCGGCGCGCCUCAGCUGGACUCGGGAGGAGGUCGAUGCUAAACUGAAGGAUAUCAUGAAGGCGUCGUUUGAGAAUGGAUUUGAGACUGCCAAAGAGUUUGUGCCUUCGUCUGGAAAUGGUGAGUUGCCAUCACUUGUGGCGGGAAGUAAUAUUGCUGGCUUUAUGAAGGUGGCUGCUGCCAUGAAGGACCAGGGUGAUUGGUGGUGA